GUACCAAGACAUUCUUCUCCGUAGCCAAACAAUUGGAGCUCAAUUCGAUCAAAGUAAUUGGCUGAGGUCCAUGGCGAUGGCGAUCAGGUCUUUGCUGCUCCCUCUGGCCCUGCUGGCUCUCGCAGCGAGCUCGGCAGCGGUGGCUAAUCUAGAGAUCGGCUUCUACAGCAAGACAUGCCCGGACGCCGAGAAGAUCGUCCGCGAGGAGAUGGGCAAGAUCAUCGCCGCCGCGCCCAGCCUCGCCGGCCCGCUCCUCCGGCUCCAUUUCCACGACUGCUUCGUGAGGGGUUGUGAUGCCUCCGUCCUCCUGGAGUCCACGGAGGGCAACGUGGCGGAGAAGGACGCGAAACCAAACAAGAGCCUGCGAGGGUUCGGCUCCGUGGAGCGGGUCAAGGCCAAGCUGGAGGCCGCGUGCCCGGGCGUCGUCUCCUGCGCCGACGUGCUCACCCUCAUGUCCCGCGACGCCGUCGUGCUGGCCAAGGGCCCCUCCUGGCCGGUGGCGCUGGGCAGGAGAGACGGCAGGGUGUCCAGCGCCGCGGAGGCGAGCAGCCAGCUGCCCCCGGCUUCCGGCGACGUCCCUCUGCUCGCCAAGAUCUUCGCCUCCAAGGGGCUCGGCCUCAAGGACCUGGCCGUCCUCUCCGGCGCCCACACGCUCGGCACGGCGUACUGCCCGUCCUUCGCGGACCGGCUCUACAACACCACCGAUGGCCUCGUCGACCCGUCCCUGGAGAGCGAGUACGCCGACAAGCUGAGGCUCAAGUGCAGGAGCGUCGACGACCGCGCCAUGCUGUCGGAGAUGGACCCCGGCAGCUUCAGGACCUUCGACACCAGCUACUACCGCCACGUCGCCAAGCGGAGGGGCCUCUUCCGCUCCGACGCCGCGCUCCUCUUCGACGCCGACACCAGGGGCUACGUCCAGCGCAUCGCCACUGGCAAGUUCGACGCCGAGUUCUUCAGGGACUUCAGCGCGUCCAUGGCCAAGAUGGGCGACGUCGGCGUGCUCACCGGGACCCAGGGAGAGAUCAGGAAGAAGUGCUCCGCCCUCAAUUAGUGUUUGUUGAUUAUUAUUGAGUCAAUUACACUGGCGGUGCUAGAACUUGAACGAAACGAUCACUUUGAUGCUAUAAGUUGUGAUGUACUCCCUCCGUUCCAAAUUACUCGUCGUGGUUUUAGUUUAUUUGAAAUGGGAAAAGUACAUUAAAGUGGUGCAGAAACUUGACUUUGACGUGUAAA